CUGUCUCCAGUACAUAUUUCAGCAGUGACCUCUCACCGACCUCUCACCAACCACCGACCUCUCUCGUUGCGAUCACUCCGCGAAUAACUACAGAGUAGCGAUACGACGAGUUACUAUCGCAAUUAUUCUUUUUUUUCGAAGCUUUGGAGCUCACUGACGCUCGUUGAAAGUCCGAGUUUAGCAUCAACCCGCCUCGAGAGACCCCCCAGCCCCCGCCUCGAGAGACCCCCCAACCCCAGCCUCGAGAGGUCCUCCAGCGAGCCAUGGCGUCGGAGCCGCAAAAGCAGCAGUCAGUAGGCGAGUCACUCUCCGCGCAGCCCAGUCGCACCAUCUUUAUCGCCGCGGACCUUCGCGACCCGCUGCACGUGCUGCGAUGCGGCCUCGCGUCGUACAUGCCGGGAGGAGCCCUACCGACGUACUCCGACCUUUUCCUCCUGCUCAUUGAAGCCGCUCCGCACCUCGUCGAGAGACUCUUUGCCGGCGCUGCUGUCGCUGGAGCCAAUGCUGACGUGGCAGUGUCUGACGCCCGCCAGCACCUCGCGCACCUCUGCAAGAAGGCCAGACGCGUCACCUCCCAGUCAGCCCCGGUCCAGUCAACCCUGGUCCAGUCAGCACCCGGCCAGUCAACCCUAGUCAACCCAGGUCAACGGCAGGCAAACCCAGUCCAAGUAGCAGGCUGCAGCGUGAGUGAGUACCUUCUGCGUUUCAAUUCUGCCCCGCAGCACAAAGCAGCAGCACUGAAGAGGGAGAGGGCGAGUCGGAGGAAAAACGCUGCGGCAGCAGCAGGCCAACAGAACGAGUCUCCGGAGUCAGAUGCCCCCCAACCUGUGGUUUUCCGGCUGCCGAAUGUGCUUGAGAUCAUGGCCGCUACUCCUGCAGCCCUGGACGGCCUGGAUUUCUCCAAGGCAAAGAGCGAAACUGUUCCGAAGUUUGGCUGGGGUGGCGCUCGGCGUGGGAACACCUACGAGGAGCUGGCAGCUAAGAAGGACACAAAUGAGCAGCCCUCUGCCGAUGACAGCCAGAAGCGCAAGUCAAGGCGAGCAGUGGGGAGUGCAGGCCCGGGAAAUACAGGCCCGGGAACUGCAGGCCUGGGAAAUACAGGUCUGGGAGAUCAUCCCAGUGGUCCGGGGUCUCUUGUCGAACCGAUGGCGAGUGCUCAGGAUGUGCCAGGUGGUUGCGCUGAAGCCACUGCUGCAGUGGAUGUGUGUGUGGCUGAGAGGGAGCCUGUGGGGAAUGCUGCGGCGUAUAUCACGGUGCCCGUGCCAGUGGAGCUGGUUGAUGAUGAGGCGGAGCAUGGUGGGAUGGAUUCUGGGCGAUCAAGAAGUGGCGGGGGGGAGACGACGGGUUUUGCAGCUACUAGUGAGGUUUCUUUGCUGCGUAUGCCUUCAGUGGCUUCAGGGAAUGGUUUAACGCAGGAUGUAGAGGUGGGACAAGAGGGCGUGUAAGAGGAAGGAAAUGAUUUGUCCUAGCCAUGCGUUGUUAUUCAAUAGUACGUCUUUAUCAACAUAACUUCAAGGUACGAUGGUUUAGUUGGAUUGUGUUGUGUA